CAUCUGAGGAUGUGUCCUCAGGGUCCGACCUGCUGCACCAGCACCAUGGAGGAGAAUCUGGCCGGUCUGACGGCCCGAGAGACCGAGGGGCUGAUCAGAGACGCCGGCAGGUCGCUGCAGGCGUCUUUCAACGCCCUCCACAGGAGCUUCGACACCUAUUUCACCGAGCUGCACAGUCAGUCCGAGCGCUCCCUCCAGGAGGCGCUGUCUCCACUCGGCCCUCUCUACUCCCAGAACACCCGCCUGUAUGGAGAUCUCUACGCCGACCUGCGACAGUACUACCGGGGCUCUGCUCUCAACCUGGACGAGACGCUGUCGGAGUUCUGGUCCCGGCUUCUGGAGCGCACGUUCAAAUCCUCCACCCCCGCAGAGGUCAGCCUAUCAGAGGACUACCUUGAAUGUGUCGCUAAGCAACAGGAGACGCUGCGGCCAUUUGGAGACGUCCCUCGGGACAUGAAGGCGAAGGUGAUCCGCGCUUUUGUCACAGCCCGGUCGUUUGUCCAGGGGCUGAUAGUCAGCGGAGAGGUGGUCAGGAAGGUGUCGCAGGUCUCUCUGAGUGCAGAGUGUACGAAGGCCCUGAUGAAGCUGGUUUACUGCCCUCACUGUCGCGGCCUGAGCUCCGUCAAACCCUGCUCCAACUACUGCUCCAACGUCAUGAAGGGCUGCCUGGCCAACCAAGCCGACCUGGACACCGAGUGGCAGAACCUCAUAGACACCAUGAUCCAGGUGGUGGCCAGUUUCACCACAGAGCCCAGCCUCGACGUGGUUCUCUCCUCCAUCCCUGCUCGGAUCUACGAGGCCGUUCACUACCAGCAGGAAAACAUGGACACGUUCACAGCCAAAGUUUACCAGUCAUGUGGAUCGCCAGGGGAACCAGGCACAGGAAGUCCCGCCCCUCACGAGCAGAAGAGGAAGAGCGGCUCGUUGACGGCCUCCGAGUACAAACCCUCGCCGACUGCUGGGCUCAGGCUGGAGAUGCAGGUAUCGGACCUCUCCAGUAAACUGAGGGAGAUGAGACAGUACUGGGUCCAGCUCCCGGUGGCACUCUGCAGCAAACUGGCAGCAGGAGGCGCCGCUCAGGAUAAAUGCUGGAACGGCAUCACCAAAGCCAGAUAUCUUCCAGAGGCGAUGGGCGAUGGCCUGGCCAAUCAGAUCAACAACCCAGAAGUGGAGCUCGACAUCACAAAGCCAGACAUGACGAUCCGCCAGCAGAUCAUGCAACUUAAGAUCAUGAGCAACAGGCUGAAGAACGCCAUGGAUGGUAACGACGUGGACUUCCAGGAUGCAAGUGAAGACAUCAGCGGCUCUGGAAGCGGGAUGUGCGUGGGUGGACAUUGUCCUCGGAGCAGGCCGGGAUUGUACGCCUACUCGCCAGAAAACAACCGAGUCCAAGGCGCGGCCACGUCUCACACCGGCCUCCCACUCCUGCUCCCAUUGGUCGCCCUGCUCCUCCAGCGAUGAUGGACUGCUGCCGCCUCCGAUCAGACUCUGAAGUCUACAGCAGCGCUGAACUGUGGUUUGGACUGAGGGAGAGGUAAAGGGGGAAAAUUGGAAAGUUACCUUGCCAAAAAAAUUUCAAAAAGACAUUUUGGACAAGAUUUUCUUCGACCGAGGAGGAGCAACAAAACUGACAGUGACAAUGUACUUUAUUUUGUUUGGCUCGGUUUUAAAAUGUUUGUGUGUGAUUUGGUUUCUUGAGCCGGUUUCAGUGGAUUCCUGGGAUGAGGAUUAUGAGAGAUGAAGAAGACAAAGAAGAGACCUGACAACGAUGAAGAUGAAGAUGAAGAUGAUGAGGAUAUCGAUGAUGACUUAUUGUACUUUCUAUCAGGUUCUUCUAGCUCCAGUGUCCAGUCAGCAGGCAACGUAGUUCAAUGAGGAAAUGUCUAGUGGCCCAAUGCGUGGUGCGUUCAACAACACGUCUUAUUUCAUUUUUUCGCUGGAGGUUGUCGACCUAAACGAACAUCGUGUAAGCUGUAAAUGUUUGUGUACAUUAGCUCAGAGACUGGCAUCAUACUCGGCCUUGAAUGUACAGUACGAUACUCACAGUAUAUUGGCUAAGAAUCCCACAUAAUCUGUGAUGUAGUUGUCCUGAUGUUUCAGUGUGUGUUUGUGUGUCUGCAUAAACAGAUGCAGUCGGUACGAUUCAUUUGAAAUGUUGCAGAUGAAUGAUCCCGCUCCUGAAAUGUGUGAUGAUGUUGUGGUUGCAGGAUUUUACCUCAUUGUUACUGUUAAGCCAAACAUUUCAAAAGAGAAUGGAGGUGACAACUUUUUAUUUUUACCAACUCAUCACCUUCGUAAAGAAAUGAGCAGCUUCAUGAAAGCAUCUAUAAACAAGCACAGUCACGGAGUUUCCUUAAGUCAAGAACGUUUGUGACACCAGGUUUUUUUAUUCGAUGAUGUGACGAUGAAUAACAAGAUUUUCAGUUUUGUACAUACGGUUCAGAAUAUUUGCAAAAAUAUUGACACGUACACGUUACCCUGGUGAUUCAUUACUUGCCCGGCAUGCCUGCUUCUCAGUCUGCACUACUCUACUGGUACAUAUACGAAACGUAUAAUUCACACGACCUCUUGCACACACACGCUCACACACACACACUGGGGUUGUGUAUCAAGCUGAUUUUUGUUCAUGAGUGUAUUGAAUCGCACAUUUCAUUCAUUAAACUCUGUUUGAU